AUGGCGGGCGUCAUUUACGCGCAGACGGACUACGGUCGUCAAGGGAACACCGCAGCUCCUCCACCUACUCCGGCAGACAACACCAGCAGCAGCAACCCUCCAUCUCCACCGGCGGGCAACACCUGCAGCAAUAGCCCUAAGUCUGGAUUCUUCCAGUACAUCAGGGAUGCCUGGAACUCGUUGACUAUCUCCGACUUGACCGUCGGGGUUGGUGCGGCUGGGGAUUAA